GUUUAUAUACAAAUAACUCAGUUCAGUUGAGUACGGGGUAUCUUGUAGCCCAAUCAAUUGGCUAUUGUGUCCAUAUUGAUUGCUUAUGUGAGUGCUAAGUAAUGAAUACCCAUUUUCUAUGCGAUUGACUAGCAAUAGCCGACUCGAACAUAGGCCAAAUCAUUUACGUUUGAAGCUAUGCGGAGUAACAAGUACGUUCAUCGGCCCCGCGAAGGCUACUCUGAGGUUGCACAUCGCUUGUUCUUCAAGGCGAGUGCCUGGGCUAUCUAUGGAAUCGCCUCUGGCUGCCACUUCUUCAAGCUCAAGUACACUAAGGAAACGAAUCAGGUGGAGGAGACCGAGUACAAUCCAGCGUUGUCCAAGAUAGUGGUUGCCAUAAAGCUACUGCUGCUGGCCAGCCAGUACACUUACUACUUCGUGAUGGCUUCGGCCAUCUAUAUUCACAUCAGACUGGUAAAUUUCAGCCAUGCCCAGCACUUUGUGAUGAGUCUCUUCAUGCAGGGAAUAGGGAUAAACGUGCUGCGGCGCCUUACAAUCUUCCUGCACCAGAAACAGGAUCGCCAGUAUGUGCGACACGCGGUCAAUGAGAUCCUGUACAUCACCAGCGUGAUAGAGCGCAGGUUCGGCAUGAUAUACCGCUGCGACACGGUCUUGCUGGGAGUGUACUUAUGCAAGCUAUGGUUGCUCUACUUACUGCUGGACUCGCUGUUGGACAAAGAUUACUUCCUGAUACUCUCCUUGCUCUACUGGGUGCUGCUGGACUACUGCUUCCUGGGCUACUUUAUCUACCAGUUGCUUCUGCUCAACUGGUACCGCAGCAUCACCUUGUUCCUGCAGCGCUUUAUCGAGGAUCAAGGGGCUCGGCAGGACAUUGCAGCCCGCCACCAUCGCCACUUGUCGCUGCUGUUCAAGCUGCAACUCCGCAUCAACAAUCUGCACAAGUUCAUCAUACGCAGCCUGUCCUGGAUGCCUAACUCCAUUUACCUGAUGAUCUUCACCUGCAUCUUUAACAUGGAGCUGCUGAUCGAGUGCAGUCUCUUUGCCGAGGACGAGUUGGACGACAAGAUCUACAUAAUUAUGGAUGGUUGCCUGGGCCCCGUCAUGAUUCCUAUACUUUAUGUCCUCAUCCUGGGGAUGUGCACUGAUCGGCUCCGCGACGCCGAGUUGAUCCUGCAGCAGCAGAUAGUGAUCAUUCAUGGCUUGUACAUGAGAAAUACACACUCACGACUCCCAACCGUGAUGGUUCUCGACAAUGAGCACACAUCGCUGAUCUUACACCAGAAACUGAAGCCGCUGCAGAAUGUCAUGAUUUUGGACAACAUCUGUGACCGCGAGUUCGCCUUUGACUAUAUCCUGACGGUGAUUUUGACAGCAUUGUCGCUGGUACAGUACACAAUAUCGUGUGGCGAAUCACUCAACGAAUGUGUGAGGCAUAAAUAAGUAGCUGUAUCUAGUUGUUGAAUAUUAAAUACAA